AUGGCUAGCAGUCUCGCGCCCCUCAUCUUAAUGAUUGCUGUGCAGUUAGUCUAUGCAGUGAUGAAUAUUAUAUCAAAGCUCGCAUUAGAAUCUGGGAUGAACCCUCUUGUCCUUGUUGCAUAUCGUCAACUCUUUGCUACUCUGUCCAUUGCUCCCUUUGCAUAUUGGCUCGAAUGGAAGACACUUCCCAGGUUGACAAAGCAUCUUAUGUUUCGGAUAUUAUUAUCUUCCUUGACAGGAGUUACAGGAAAUCAGAUUCUAUUUUUUGUGGGGCUAAAAUUUUCAACGGCUACUAUUGCAUGUGCACUCACCAAUUUGCUCCCAGCGUUCACUUUUAUCCUGGCAGUUAUCUUCAGACAAGAAGAUCUAGGAAUCAAGAAGAGGUCUGGCCUAGCAAAGGUCUUCGGGACAGUAAUGUGUGUGAGUGGAGCCUUGCUUUUGUCAUUUUACCAUGGAAAAACCAUUGGUUUAGGCCAAUCCAGUAUUCACUGGAGAUAUGCAGAGAAAAUGGAAGGAACUACCUCUUCUGGCUCAGGAAACAUGUUUCUAGGCCCUUUACUCUUAAUUGGUAGCACCCUUGUUUGGGCACUGUGGUUCGUAAUUCAAACAGACAUAAGCAAGAAGUUCUCAGCUCCUUACACAAGCACAGGCUUAAUGUGUUUCUUCGCAAGCUUUCAGUGUUGCAUCAUUGCACUGUGUUUCGACCACAGUGCCUCAGCUUGGUUACUCCACGAUACCAUGAGACUUUCCUCUGCUCUUUACGCGGGAAUAGUGUGCACUGGGUUAGCGUAUAGCCUCAUGUCGUGGGCCAUUGAGAGAAAAGGUCCUCUUUAUGUCUCUGUAUUUACCCCUUUGCAGCUUGUCCUCACUGCCAUUUUAAGCUGGGCUUUGCUUCGUGAGAAAUUAUACGUUGGAACUGCCAUAGGAUCUCUCUUGAUAGUUUUGGGGCUCUAUUCUGUCCUUUGGGGAAAGAGUGAAGAGGUGAGCACGAAAGACAGCAUUAAAGAGGCAGAUAAGGAAGCAAUGAAGGAUCCUAAGAAUGACAUGGAAAUGCAAUCCUAUCUGUCAUCCAAUGGUAAUCGUAUCAGUACUUGA